GGUCCCCGGACACAGCGCCAUGUCGCCGUGGCGCGCGGUGCGCGCGGCGCUGCGGGUCUACGUGGCGGGGGCGCUGGUGAUGCUGUCGCAGCUGCUCCGCCGCUGCCUCGGGGGCUUCUCGGAGCCAGUGUUUCCCCCGCAGCCCGGGCGCGUGGCCAUCGUCACGGGAGGCACGGACGGCAUCGGCUACGCCACGGCCAGGCGGCUGGCCCGCCUGGGCAUGCACGUCAUUCUCGCCGGGAAUGACCAGCGGAAGGCCCAGGAGGCCGUGAGGAAGAUGAAGGAAGAAACGCUGAACGGGCAAGUGGAGUUCCUGUACUGUGACCUGGCCUGCAUGCGCUCCAUCCGCGAGUUUGUGCAGGCGUUCCGGCAGAAGGGGCUCCCCCUGCACGUGCUCGUCAACAACGCCGGCGUGAUGAUGGUGCCCCAGCGGAGCACCCGGGACGGCUUCGAGGAGCACUUUGGCCUCAACUACCUGGGCCACUUCCUGCUGACCAACCUGCUGCUGGACGUGCUCCAGGCCUCGGGCUGCGCCGGACGCUGCGCCCGGGUCGUGUCCGUGGCCUCCGCCACCCACUACGUGGCCCACAUGGACAUGGACGACCUGCAGGGCAGGCGCGGCUACUCGGCCCACGGCGCCUACGCGCAGAGCAAGCUGGCCCUGGUGCUGUUCACGUACCAGCUGCAGGCCCUGCUGGCCGCCCGGGGCUGCCCGGUCACCGCCAACGCCGCCGACCCCGGCGUGGUGGACACGGACCUCUACCGACACGUCUUCUGGGGCCGCAGCCUGCUCAAGCGCCUGGCCGCCCCCUGGUUCUUCAAGACCCCCGAGGAAGGCUCGUGGACGUCCGUGUUCGCCGCCGUGUCGCCCAGCCUGGAGGGCCGCGGGGGCCGAUACCUGUACAACGAGCGGGAGACGCGCUCGCUGGGCGCCAGCUACGACCCGCACCUGCAGCAACAGCUCUGGGCCGCCAGCUGCCGCCUCACAGGACUCCGGGACUCCUCGCGCCCUCUGACCCCCGAGUAGCCGUGGCCGCCCGCCCACCCCCAAACCCCCCCUCCCGCAGCACAGAUCUGUGUACGGCCCCCAGACACACACACACACACAUACGAACUCACACAUGUGCACAGUCAACACACAGGUACUUCCGUGCACACACACAGACACACACAAACAUGCAAAGACACAGACACACAAGCACACACAUGCAGACACAGCCAUGCACACACAGUCACACACAUGCACACGCAGGUAAACACAUGCACACACAGCCAUGCACACAGCCAUGCACACGCAGGUAAACACACAUGCACACACAGUCACACACAUGCACACGCAGGUAAACACAUGCACACACAGCCAUGCACACAGCCAUGCACACGCAGGUAAACACACAUGCACACACAGUCACACACAUGCACACGCAGGUAAACACACAUGCACACACGUGUACACACACAUGUACAGACGCACACCCAGAUGUACACACAGGCAAAAAACACGCACACGCAAACAUGCAUGGAUAUACAGACUCACACACGUGCACUCACAGAUGCAGACACGGCCAUACAAGCACACACAGACACACACGCGCGCUCCCAGGCACACACGACACACAAACACAGACUCACAAACACACUUAGGCACACAAACACACACUCAAACAUACACACAGAUAGACACAGACACACAAGCACACACACACAUGUGGACACAGAGCCAUGCGCACAGUCACAUGCAUGCACACACGUGUAAACACACGUGCACACACAGACAUGCAGACACACGCACAAAUGCACCCACGUACACCCAGAUGGACACACAUGGACACAGGCACAAAUACGCACACACCAACAGGCAUAGACACAUACACUCAUACACAUGCACUCACAGAUGGCAGACAUGGCCAUACAAGCACGCACACAGACACACACAUGUGCUCCCAUGCACACACGUCAUGCAAACACACUGAAGCACACAAACACACCCAGACACGCACAAACAUACGCACAGAUAGACACAGACACUAAGCACACACACACACGGACACACGGGCAUGCACACAGUCACACACAUGCACCCAGAUGUCCACACAUGUACACAGAGGCACAAAUACGCACACGCCAACAGGCAUAGACACAUACACUCAUACACAUGCACUCACAGAUGCAGACACGGCCAUACAAGCACACACAGAGACACACACACACAUGUGCUCCCAUGCACACAUGUCAUGCAAACACACUGAAGCACACAAACACACCCAGACACGCACAAACAUACGCACAGAUAGACACAGACACAUAAGCAUACACACACACGGACACACGGGCAUGCACACAGUCACACACAUGCACACACAUGCACCCAGAUGUCCACACAUGUACACAGAGGCACAAAUACGCACACGCAAACGUGCCCAGACACAUAAACUCACACACGUGCACACACAGGUGCAGACACAGACCUACAAGCACACACAGAGACACACACUCACACACAGGCCUUCCCACGCACACACAGACCCCCACAAACGCACACACCUAGUAGACGCACAGACACACACACACAAGCAUAGAAAAACACACGCACACGCAGACUCACACCAAUAGACACAGACACAGACACACAAGCACACAGACUUCCCGGCAGGUGGCGGCUAGGGUGUUGCUCUCCUGGGGGGCUGCCGCGGGGGUCUCAGGGGGGCGCUGACGGAUUAAAGUGC